CUGUCUCUGUCUUGCAGGUGCCGCCGGCGUGUUGGUCGGACAUCCGUUUGACACGGUGAAGGUGCGGUCUCCAGGGUCAAGAGCAUAUUCCAGCCCCCUCGAUUGGUAUACAGGAACCUUCCACUGCUUCCAAUGACCAUCAUCAAACAGGAGUCCUGCAUGGGGGCUGUACAAAGGGUCGGCUCCCCCAUGAUGGGCCUCACAUUUAUCAACGCUCUGGUGUUUGGGGUUCAAGGGAACACACUCCGCUACCUUGGCAAAGACACGCCACUGAACCAGUUCCUGGCCGGGGCGGCGGCCGGGUCCAUCCAGUGCGUGAUCUGUUGUCCCAUGGAACUGGCCAAAACCCGAAUGCAGAUGCAAGGCACUGGGGUGUACAAGUCCAAAUCCAAAACCUACAAGAACUCCUUGGACUGCCUGGUGAAGAUCUACCAGAAGGAGGGCCUGAGGGGCAUCAACAGAGGGAUGGUGACCACCUUUCUCCGGGAGACACCAAGCUUUGGCUUUUUACUUCCUGACAUACGACUAUCUCUCCAGGUACCUCGGCUGUGAGAUCAACGACAACCUCAUCAUCCCCAAGCUGCUGUUCGCUGGUGGCAUGUCCGGCAUCGUGUCUUGGCUGUCCACCUACCCCAUUGAUGUCAUCAAAUCUCGACUUCAAGCCGAUGGCUUUGGUGGCGCCAAGCAAUAUAAUGGCAUCAUGGACUGCAUCAGACAGAGCUACAAUAGAGAAGGGCUGAGGGUCUUCACGAGGGGUCUGACCUCCACCUUGCUGAGGGCGUUCCCCGUCAAUGCUGCUACCUUUGCCACCGUCACUCUCUUCCUCAUGUACAUGAGGUCAGAGACCCCCACUGCUGACUGCGACGCCGGACCACCAUUACAGCAGCCAACCAGCAUGUAG